CAGCGAGUUUUCUCUUCUCCGUGUGCUCUCGCCAAUUCACAAUUACCUUUUAUCCAAAUCGUUCCACAUAUACUCUAAUCCCACAGCAUGGUUUUGAACGAACUCGGAGCGCGUAUCAACGGCGCGCUGCAGGCGCUGUCGCGGGAGUCUGUCAUUGACGACAAGGCUCUGGAUGCGCUGCUGCGUGACAUCUGCGGUGCGCUGCUCGAAUCAGAUGUGAAUGUAAGGCUCGUGCAGCAGCUGCGGCAGAACGUCAAGAAGCGGGUAAAUGUCGAGGAGCUAGCAUCGAGCGCCAACAAGCGCAAGAUAAUCCAGACGGCGGUAUUCGACGAGCUGUGCGGUCUGGUGGAUCCAGGCGUGGAGCCGUGGAAGCCGCGCAAGGGCAAGCAGAACGUCAUCAUGUUUGUUGGUCUGCAGGGAAGCGGAAAGACAACGUCGUGUACGAAGCUGGCGGCAUACUAUAAGCGCAAGGGCAUGAAGGUGGGGCUUGUGUGUGCCGAUACGUUCCGUGCGGGAGCAUUCGAUCAGCUGAAGCAGAAUGCGUCGCGCGUGCACAUUCCGUACUACGGAAGCUAUACUGAGGCGGACCCAGUGCAGAUUGCGCGGGAGGGCGUGGACAAGUUCAAGGCCGACAAGUUUGACAUUAUCAUUGUCGAUACCAGCGGACGGCACAAGCAGGAGGCUGAGCUGUUUGCCGAGAUGGUGCAGAUUUCCCAGGCUGUGCAGCCCGACAACACGAUCUUUGUGAUGGACGGGACUAUCGGCCAGGCAGCCGAUGCGCAGGCGCGCGCCUUCAAGGAGUCGGUGGACAUUGGGUCGAUUAUUAUCACCAAGAUGGAUGGCCACGCCAAGGGCGGAGGUGCUAUCAGUGCGGUGGCGGCGACCAGCAGCCCGAUUAUUUUCAUUGGAACCGGUGAGCACAUGCACGACCUGGAUCGGUUCUCGGCACGGCCGUUUGUCAGCAAGAUGCUGGGCAUGGGUGACCUCAGCGGCCUGGUGGAGACCGUGCAGGAUCUGCACCUGGAAAAGAACGAGGACAUGAUGAAGAACAUUGUCAAGGGUGUGUUCACGCUCAAGGACAUGCGUGACCAGCUGACAAACAUCCUGAAAAUGGGCCCGCUGAGCAAAAUCAUGGGCAUGAUGCCCGGCAUGACGCCCGAGAUGAUGGCGGGCAUGGAUGCUGAGGAGAGCACGCGCCGGCUGCGCAGCUACAUGUGUGUAUUCGACUCGAUGACGGAAGACGAGCUGAACAGCGACGGCAAGAUGUUUACCGACGAGAAGCGGCUGCGGCGCGUGGCGCGCGGCUCGGGCGUGCGGCUAGUCGAUAUCCAGGCGAUGCUGCACCAGCACCAGCAGUUUGGCCAGAUGAUCAAGCGGAUGGGCGGGCCAAAGGGCAUGCUGAGCAAGAUGAACCCCAACAUGAUGCAGCAGAUGGCCAAGAAUCCGGCUGCAGCCAUGAACCCGAAUAUGCUGAAGCAGAUGGGCGGCAUGGGCGGCAUGCAGAAGAUGAUCCAGCAAAUGGGCGGUAUGGGCGGCAUGCAGGAGAUGAUGAAGCAGAUGAUGGGCGGCGGCGGCAUGCCUGGUCUUGGCGGAUUCGGCGGAGCUGGCGGCAGCCGUGGACGUCGGUGAAAUAUCACCACAAUCAGAUCACUGGAUUUGUUUGGGUUUUUUCUGCUCAGCACUUUUCUGCGGUUGCCCACACGAAAAUUUUCUUUCUCUCUAUUUAGCAGACAAAACUCCAUAUCGUACACACAAAUUCGAAAGCAGCCAUGCCUGACAAUUCAGUGCCCAGCAUUCGGCCCGCCGAUGUCCGGAACAAGGCGCGGCGCGAAGAGAUCUACGGAAAACAGAAGACACUGAAGGCCAAGGCGAAGCGGCAGAAGCGCAAGGAGAUGAAGAGGGAGGAGGCGGAGAACCCCGAGCUGCGCGA